GCCUAAUUCUUGCAUUCUGUGAAAACGGCACUAUGAAGAACAGCAAAGAAAAAGACUAUCAACAUCAAAUAAGAGUACUCUCUUUUCUGAUAGUGCUGCUUUAUUUGAUUGUUCUCGCUCAACCUUUUAUCUUUAUCUAUUUACUUCAAUAUUCCAACAUUCGAAUUGUUUCACCCGAUAUAGAAGAGCGCUUUAUCAAGUCUGAGAAAACUAAGGAUAACGUCAAUUAUAACCCUACACCUCACCAAGUUGAAAAAAGGGAAAUUUCGUCUGUAGUCGAAAAAGAAUGCGGAAAUAAUUGUCUCCUUCAAUCUAAAACAUGCGAAAAAGAUGACGAUUCAGUUACGCUGAAUGGAAAGUGUAAUAUAAAAAAACCUGAUCUCUGCGAGUAUUGUUUUACCGCCGAAGACUUUUGUAAAAAAAAUAUAACAGAAUUAAAAGGGAAAAAAGAGAAUGAAAAUGGUGAUUCAAAAGAAAAGAAUGGACAAACCAAACAUUGCACUCUCGACAAUAUUACAUAUCAUGGAACUUUUCCAUUUACAAGAUUUUAUAAAGACGUUAUAUUUUCUUCAAGACAAUUUGAAGAGGAUUCCGAAGGCAGUUUGAAAAUUUUGAUAAAGGAAGAAGACAGGCCCAUUUUAAAAGAAUAUAAAUUACACAAAGACGAAAAUUAUGAAUUGGUUAAGACAAUUGCUUUACCUGACAGAACGAAAGAUUUUGGAUAUAUAUACAAUGGAAGUUAUUACAGUCGACAUCGUUACCAACACAAAGUCGUCAAAUACAAUUUUGAGACUGGGGAAUCGACAACAGGAGAGAAACUCCGUCAUAUUCCAGGUUACGAUGCCUUAGUAUUCCGCUUAGACCAGAAUUAUAUCUGGAUAUUUAACUUAAUAAAUCUUACCUUGGAUACUUAUGAGGCGGUUCAAACCAAUCCGGAAGAUUUACAGGUUUUGUCGCAGCAAAAUAUCAAACAAAAUUAUUGUUUCAUCAGAAAUCAAUUCGUUGCUUUUGGCAAGAUUUAUUGCCUUUCUGAUGGCGAUAAGUUAAAGGUUUAUCUUUUGUCGGAUUUAAACGAAAAGAAAAAUUCACAUAUUACCGAUAGUGAAGAAGUGUACAUCGACAGGGAAGAAGAAUUUCAUCUUAUGGAUGUGUUCUAUAAUUUUAAAGAAAGACAACUUUAUCUAACUGAUCGAUCAUAUGUAACUAGGAAUUAUACCAUUCAUAGUUACAAAUUACACUUCAAUUGUUCAUAUGAAGAGUAAAAAGUUACAUCGUGACAUUCGUUAUAAUGAUUCAUUUCCUUAUUAAUUAACCUCCUUCGAAUUGUUUGAAGUGUCGAACAGUUUACAUUUUUUAAUAAAGUUUUGUAUUACAUUUCAGUAAAUGUUUUAUCUUAUCUCAUUUGUCUGAAUUACGAGGCACCGAAUGGGGCUACUAAAUACGUUAAAGGGCAUCAGACGUGUCGGACAUUCGCG